UGGUCUCCUAAGCAACAGGCUGUAAACUCAGAGCUGCUCUAUGCAGGGCGAGGGAGGCACAGGGGAGCAAUGAAGACUAAUAACGUUUAAAAAUCUGCAAAAGGUCAUGUAGGCUACUGUCACAAACGGGCUCCAUGAGUUUGUUGUGUUUGUUGUUUUGAAAUUCAUUAUUAUUACAUCCUGAAGAAGAAGGCAGAGGCUUACAUGAGACUGGGGUCAUGGAGGAGCACAGAAGGGGAUUAGCGGAGCUGCUGUUGGAGGGGGAGCUGGGGGCAGUGACUCUGGGGCUGGAGCAGGGACUUUUCUCCUGGGACGAGCUGGACCUGCCUCACAACUCUGAUGGUUCCACUCUUCUUAUCAGCGCUUGCCAGAUGGGCCUCACUACAGUCAUGCGGUUCCUCCUGGAAAGGGGAGCAGAUGCAACACUGUGUAACCAUAACAACCAGACUGCUCUUCAUGUCAGUCCACCAGACCUGCAGGGGGAGUUGUUGGCGGCUCUAGAGAGUCGUUUAUGCCACCAAGGCCAACUUUCGGAGGCCGCCUGGAGGGGGGACAUGAGCACCCUACAGCACCUGCUGACCCUGACAGACUUGGUGGAUGUGAACAGCCAGAACCGGAAUGGGCUGACCCCACUGAUGCUAGCAGCGAGGGAUGUGGACCUGUUUGAAGGGUUGCAGGAUAUUAUGCCAUGGGACUACCGUCCAGCUGAAAUAGUGAAGGCACUGCUGGCUCUGUCUGCGAGCCUAGAGGUCCAGGACCAAAAUGGCUACAUCGCUCUUCACUACAUCUCUCAUAUAAGGAGCCCUAUUAAAGAUGAGUUGCUCCAGAUUAUUUUGAAAUCACAACCAGUGCCGACAGAAGUGGAGCCACAGUUUUAUUUCCCUGCAGACUGCCCUGGCAAUUCCCACAGCUGUUCUCCUCCUACACUUGCCGCGGUGAAGUGUGCUGCCCAUGAAGAUUCCAACCAAGAUAAGAUCACCACCCUCUUCUUCCAGACUGCUAUGGAGGCCAAGAGGAACAGUAGGCGAGGUUCCACCCAGCUGAGCAAGGCAGCCGGUUGGACGUCAUCGUUGCCGAACCUGAGGGACAGGAAUAAAUGCUGGGACAAGCUUGGUAUUCUGCGCUGCACUUCUGAUGUUCCCAUUAAAACAUCCUUAAUACCGAUGCCACCAAGACUAACAGAAAAGAGUAAAAAUGUACUAGAGAGUCCUCUAGUUCCACAACUCUCUCCCCUUAGCCAGUCUGCUCCAAGUCUGGCUCUCCUUGAUGCAAGUGUUCUACUGCAAGUUCGGGCAAAUAUAUACAACAGGCUCAGUAGUGGUGAUACAGACAUUGACAUUAAUGGACAUAAGGGUUCACCACCUGUCCUGUGCCCAAGGACUACAAAACAUUUGGCCCCACUUGACAGAGGAUCCCGGGACGGCCCAGUGCUCUCAAGCCUUCAGCGUCCACGACUGCUUAAGCCAAUCAGCAUCUUGCCUGCCAACUCAGUGUCCAGGCAACGAAGAGAAAGGUUCUCCAGACUGAGCUUUUCCAGAGGCACACGGAGAGGAAGUGCAGAGAGCGCUUCAAGCAGCUGUAGCAACGAGAGCUCUCUUGAUGAGGAGGAGGGGGAGGAAGAAGAAAAUAGCCCACAGGACAUACAGAAGAUGUUUAGCACCUUGAAGAAGGAUCCACAGGUGUAUCUAUCAUCAUCUGAACAUUUGGUGAAUUUGGAGCUAACAGAUAUUGCUCAGUGUGUUCAUUCCAACAAUGAAGAUAUGCUCAUAUCUCAACCCAAAAUGAGUCGAGAGGUUGAGGCUGCGAUGAGCCAUAUUUCUGUAAACGAAUGUGAGCAGAAUGGGGAGAGAUGUUCCGUGGACCUUUUAAAAAAGGACAAAGUUGUUGAAAUAAUACGUUCCUCCUCAACUGACCUUGACGGACAUACAGGCAUGGGCACAGAGAUCAGACCUGCAGUUGAAAACGAACAGUCUAGCGCUUUGAUUGAUGUUGAGCAUCAGCAGCUCUCUCCUGAGAACAACACAAUGUCACAACCAGCGUCAGUGGAAAAACGCCAACCCAUGAAGGCAACCAAAAGCAAAGAAAGAAAAUGCAGACCUUUUCACACCAGUCAGUCAUUUAAUAUCUUGGCCUACAGAAAUACAAACUGGGGUACUGUUAAUACCAAAAGAAAUAGAAGGAAUUUGUCCAUAUCAUCUCAAGUCAAAAGGAAAGACAUGAAUCCCACAGAUCUUAUUAGAGGGGAGACCACCAACAAACUAGACUGGCCGAGAAUGCCACCCUCAACAAGUCAAAAAGUCAAAGAUGCUCCCUCAACUCGGAGGAGGGCCCAAGAUUGUCCACAUCAAGUAAAAUUGAGUGGAGACAAAAAGAUCUUGAAUAAAUACCAGGGCCGGGAAUUGCAGACUGCAAGACAGCCUAAAAAGCCAGGAAAUUUUGGCACGCAACGAGCAAAAUCAGCUCUAGACUCGGUCAGUUACAGCGACAUGUUUUCGCAAAUCCAUCAGGGAGAUAAAGGCCCAGCUAUCUUUGAGAUGUUUGCCACUCCAAUAUAUGAAAACCUUAGGGUAGGCAGUUCUGCCGAGAGGACCAAGCAGGUGCAGCCAGCUCCUCAAGUUAAGAGAUCCCUGAAUGGACAAAGGGCUCAAAAAGCCGUAGAAGGUAACAGAAGGAAACAGCCACAGAAAUGCAGCUAUUCUAAAAGCAAACCACGCAAGAGAAGGAACAUCCAACAAACCAGACCACAAAAUCUAAGUCAGUCUAUUGAUAUAAGUAAAGACGAGGCAGUUGUAAUCUCUGGUCCAGAUGAGAAUUUUCACAUAAGGCAUCAUGCAGUUCUCACAAACGAGGAGGACAAAAGGAAUGCAAAUGAGGGUAGUCCUAUGCUGUCAGUUAUCAAAGAAGUUCUUACAAAUUGUGCAACAGGGAUACCCAUCAACCACGAGCAGAAGGAUUUACCCACGUUAUCUCCUUCAGCCUUUCCACCUUGCCUCAGCAGGCAAAUCGCUCAACUAACUUCAGAGGCUCAUAAAGAAAACCGCUCAAGUGAGAUUAAGGACUCAGUUGUGGAGGAGUUCCCAGUACAGCCCAUGAUCAACACAUGGACGAGCGGCAGGACAAGGUCACCUGUGUACUAUAAGUUUCUGGACGAAGUGGGUGAGGGGCCUGUUACAGAUGAUCUGCUGAGAUGUUUGGCAGAAGAAUUAAUUUCACUGGAAGAGAGAGAGGUGGAGACACUCAAGCCUGAACAUACAGAGAACAGAGAGAUCAUAACUGACCAGCCAAUACUCAAGAAAGAUCCCACUAAGGUCACUUUAUCUUCCGACAAACUGCCUUGCACUCAGACGUCCAGUGUAGAUGACACCAUCACAUGGACCAAAGGAGAGGUUCUGGGCAGAGGAGCUUAUGGAACUGUGUAUUGUGGACUCACUGGCCAGGGCCAGCUGAUUGCUGUUAAACAGGUGGUUCUGGACAUCUCGACUUCAGAAACAGCAGAAAAGGAGUAUAAUCGGCUGGAGAGGGAGGUGGAUCUUCUAAAGAACCUCCAUCAUCCAAACAUAGUAGGGUUCCUGGGCACAGCUCUUACUGACAACAUAAUAAGCAUCUUCAUGGAAUACGUCCCAGGAGGCUCCAUCUUCAGCGUCCUCAAUCGUUUCGGACCCUUGCCCGAGAAGGUGUUUGCCCUCUACACCAGACAGAUCUUGGAGGGUGUCGCUUAUCUUCAUGACAACAGAGUCAUCCACAGGGACUUAAAAGGGAACAACAUCAUGCUCAUGCCUACUGGCAUAGUCAAGCUGAUUGACUUCGGCUGUGCACGUCGUCUCAAUCAUCUAUCAGUCAGUGGAGGCCAUAGUGACCUCUUAAAGUCUGUGCAUGGGACCCCUUACUGGAUGGCUCCAGAAGUGAUUAACGAAACUGGCCAUGGGAGGAAAUCAGACAUCUGGAGCGUUGGGUGCACGGUGUUCGAGAUGGCCACUGGAAAGCCACCACUGGCACACAUGGGGAAGAUUGCAGCUCUCUUCUACAUAGGGGCUCGUAAGGGUUUGAUGCCCUUGCUGCCUGAUGACUUCUCUGAAGAAGCAAAGGGCUUUGUGAAAGCAUGCUUGACCAGCAACCAGAAACAAAGGCCCUCAGCAGCAGAGUUACUGAGGCAUCCAUUCAUCUCUCACCACAGGCAGCCUAAAAGUAACAAGCCCUGUUCAAAUCCACACCACUUGUCUAAUCAAACUAACUGAA